UGACCUUGAACUUCUGACCCUCCUGCCUCCAUUUUUUCUAAGUGCUGUGAUUACCGGCUUGCACCAGUGUGAACAGGUUAAGCGGUGCUGUGGUGCCGGGGCUUUGUAUGCUGUAGGCGAGACUAUGACUACUCGCCAGUCCCCAUUUCUUUUUCUUUUUUUGGGUUUUUGAGAUAGGGUCUCACUUAGUAACCCCAGUUUGCUUUGAGCUUAUAGUAGUCUUCCUGCCUCAGCCUCUGAAAUAUGUAUAUUUUAAAAUAAUAGGCAUGAGCCUCCAUACCUGGCAUUUAUAGGAAUCAUGAGCUCAGAGAUACAGACCGUGUGAUGCCUAGUCAUUGUAACUUACAUUCUGAGGGGUGCUAUUGCAAGGAAAGCCUGAAUCCUGGGGACAGAAUCAGCCCUGGAUGCAACCCUCAAGCCCUCAAUGUUGGGAAAACAGCCCUUGGAGGAGAUGUAGGCAAGAAGCAAAGCAAGGAUGGUAGGACAGGGACCGUUCCAGGGGACAGAGGGAAACCUAAGCCUCCAUGCAGUAAAACAAAGUUUCAGGGUGGUCACCAAACCCAGAAAAGGCUUAAGUGUGAGAGAAAGUGGAAAUGCUGACUCGGUCAGUGUAGAUGGCCUUUUGUGGGCUUGGGCUAAAGGCCACAUCUGCAGGAGGAUAGGGACAUCUUUAUCUUGAGAAAGGCAGCUGAGAAGGAUCUAAGAGAGAGUGUUGUUCCUGCUGCUGCUGGACCUAGUGAUGGGUCUAGGAGGCCACGGUCCAUGCCGUGGAUGGCUUCACCUGGCAGGGCCUGGUUGCCAGCCUCACCGCCUCUUGGCCCUGUGCUUCCAAACCCUCCAACUGUCAAAGAAGAUCAUGUUGUGGUCUUGACUGGCAGGGGAAACUUCUUCCUUGGGAGGCUGGGUCUCUGGGUGGGGCGGCCACUGUCACUUAUCAUCAAAGGCCAAAUGUCCGCCGAGAGUCAGUGCCUAGAGCUGGAGAUUUAGCAACGGACACUAAAUCCAGACUCAUUCCCAAAGAGCAGACAGACUUCGGAUCCUCAUUGGCUCUUCCUUUCUUGAGAUUUUUACCCCAUUGAGCAAUCCUGGAUGGGCCAGCACCCCUGGGGCCUGGGAGAAGCCAAGGGCAUCUCAGGAAGAUGGGGAAAUGAUUUCUUCAUCUGACAUGCCAGGCCACUUCACUCACUGCCCAUAGCCUCGUGAGGCAACAAGACUCUGAAGCAAGCCCCCGCCCACACCCUGGCAGGCAGCCAGUGCAGGAAGGGUCAGGAGGACUUCUGCUUGGGCUUCUGCAUCAGGUUCAGGCUGAGCAUAAAGGAGGCCCAAGUGGCCUGGAGGAGGCAGUCUUGGGGACCAUGCAAACCCAGAGGGACAACCCUCCCCUGCGAUGGCCACUCUCACUGCUCCUGCUGCUGGGUCUGGUGCUGCCGUUAGCCUUAGCCGUCUCCCAGACCCGCGGCUACAGGGAGGCCGUGCUGCGUGCUGUGGACGAGUUCAACCGGCAGUCCUCAGACACCAGUCUCUACCGCCUCCUGGACCUGGAUUCGCAGCCCCAAGGGGAUGAGGACCCAGAUACCCCACAGUAUGUGAGGUUCAGAGUGAAGGAGACAGUGUGUGACAAGGCAUUGCAGCAGCUACCUGAGCAAUGUGACUUCAAGGAAAAUGGGCUGGUGAAGCAGUGUGUGGGGACAGUCACCCUGAGCCAGGACACAGAUUCUUUUGACAUCAACUGUAGAGGGCCUGGGACACAGCCCCAGAAGUUUAAGAAAAUUGCCAAGAUCGCUGGACUCCUCCGAAAAGGUGGGCAGAAGAUUGGUGAAAAGAUUAAGAAGAUUGGCCAGAAAAUUGCAGAUUUUUUUGGGAAAACUGCACCUGAGGUGGAAAACUAGGCCUGUCUUGGCCUGUUUCUAGAUUCCAAAAAUAAUAAAUUUGGUGAAGGAAACUUC